UGCUGCGUGAGGAGUCAGAAUCUGAUCAAAAAAUUUUUUGCGGUCAUAUGGGCCGACAAAGAUGGCCGCCUUGAUUCCAAGAUACACUCUGCAAGCAGCAAAAAAACAAACAACAUGCAUCGCGGCUGUCGCUGUGCAAACGAAUCAUUACUCGUCGCAGCCACGAAGCAUCAAACAUCCAACCACAGCCUCUUUGAAGAGAGGCACAGGUGGUCGUAGUUCUUUCAAUGGAAUUGUGUGUACGCUGUUCGGUGCAACUGGAUUUGUUGGCAGAUAUGUAGCCAAUCGCCUUGGCAAGAUCGGCACCCAGUUGCUAAUACCUUACAGAUGUGAUAUGUACAAUUGUUUGCCUCUGAAACUCUGCGGAGAUCUCGGACAAGUAUUGUUCCAUCCGUUUCAUCUGCGCGACGAGGAUUCAAUAAGACAAUGUAUUAAGUAUUCCAAUGUUGUUGUCAAUUUGAUCGGACGCGAUUGGGAAACAAGAAAUUUUACUUAUCACGAAGUGCACGUUGAUGGAGCCAGAAGACUCGCUAGAUUAUGCAAAGAGGCAAAUGUUGAACAUUUUGUUCACGUAUCUGCCUUAAACGCGAGUGAUGAGCCAGAACCACAUUUGUUAAAAGAUGGUUCUCAAUUUCUUCGCACAAAAUGGCUAGGUGAGCUUGCAGUGCGAGAAGAAUUCCCUGAAGCUACAAUUGUCCGACCAUCAGACAUAUGGGGUCAAGAGGACCGAUAUACUCGCUUCUACUGCCAAUUUCUGAGACAUCACUUUGGAACUGUACCAAUGUGGAAAAAAGGUGAACAAACAGAAAAGCAGCCAGUGGCUGUAUACGAUAUCGCUGGAGGUAUUGCGGCUAUCGUGAAAGAUCCUAAAAACACUGCUGGCAAAACUUACCAGUUUGUUGGACCGCAUCGUUACAAAUUGUCUGAAAUAGUGGACUGGUUCCAUCGGCUGACGAUGCGCGAUCCAGACGAGUAUUCCUACAGAAGAUGGGAUCUGGAUUAUGCUCCGCUUUACAAACUUCUCGUUACUUUGAAUGAAAUAGUAACUCCCGCUUAUCCAGCGGGAUAUUUAUCGUGGGAAAAAUUAGAAAGAGAAUGCAUUUCUGACAAAAUAGAAAAAGACCUGCCAACUCUGGAAGAUCUUGGUGUCGAAUUAACGACGAUGGAGUCGCGAAUGCACUGGGAGUUAAAAAUGUACAAGAAAGAUCCUCAAUAUAUGGAAAGCGUUGGCGAAUUCGAUCCUAUUCCAGAUCCACCGACUGUUCCGAUUCAUUGAGCGUCUUUUGAACACGCUAGAUGUGGCAUAAAUAUAGAAUGAAAGAUAUACUCUUACUACCGCCUUAAGCGCGCGAAUACUGUUGAGUAUAUUGUUAUAUAAUUAAAUAU